AUGUGGUUCCGCAAACGUGAAAGCGACAUUGAAAUGUCGGGCAUGAUGGACGGAGCACCAAAGAAAAAGAAGUCGCAAGGCCCGCCAGAAGAAACAGAGUACCAGAAGUUUGACUGGAAAAGAUUCUUUCUCGCCCCCAAGUACAUCCCAUGGCACAUAUUGUUCAUCGUUAUCGGCAUCUUGACCGUUAUCAUCACGAUAAAACACGACGCCGUCGUUGAGAAAUUACGGCCGUGGUCCGAGAAAGUGCGAGACCUACCAGCAGGAUGGCUAAUCCCCAUUGCUAUUCUUAUCAUUAUUUCUUUCCCUCCUUUAUUCGGUCAUGAGAUCAUUGCGCUGCUGUGUGGUGUCGUCUAUGGUCUGUGGAUCGGGUUCGCCAUUGUUGCGGCAGGCACAUUCAUUGGCGAAGUCGGCACAUGGUACGCUUUCAAAUACGCCUUCCGCUCCAAGGCUCUCAAACUGGAGCGCACCAAUCUAAACUACGGCGCCAUGGCUCGUUUAACGCGUGACGGUGGCUUCACCAUCGUGCUCGUCAUCCGUCUGUCCGCCAUCCCAGCGCAUUUUUCCACCGCCGUAUUUUCAACCUGCGACGUCAAAUUCUGGCAUUUCGUCGUCGCUACUUUCCUUUCUCUGCCCAAGCAAAUUUUCCUCGUCUACCUCGGUGUACUGCUCCUACAGGAGAGCAACGACGACGUAAUCAAGACGGUCAUGUUCGGCGCUAUCUUUGUCAUCACUAUUGCCAUGGGUAUCUGGAUCUAUAUGAAGAUGCGCGUGGUGAAGAAGACACUCUUGGAGGAGCAAGAGCUCAGAAGGGUCAAGAAGGCCGAAGCCGUCGAGCUGGUACCAAAUGCUGAACGUGCGUUCGAUACGCAAUACGACGAGGGGCCUCCGAUCUGGUCAUCUAUGCAACCAACGCAAGUCAGCCGACCAACGGAGAGGAGAUAUGACGAGGACCCUCCGGAGUGGGCCAUGCAGCCUACGCAACCCACCAGAAUGCUCUGA